AUGGGGUCCCAUCCCCAUGUUGCCUACAGUUUUCGGUUGGGAAGUCUCUUCUGAGCGCCACGUUAUCUUUAUGAUCGUACAGAAAGAAGUUAAAAAAGGGAGCUCGGAGUCACAGGAGGCAUUGCUAAAGAAAGCUCAAGAAUUACUGGAGUUUCGGAGAAAACGAGGAAAGAACAGCAAGAUUUUUCGGUGGGGCUUGCUUGGAUUGAGGAAAUUGUUGAGAGGGUCGAUCCACAUUACUCAAUCGAGUGGCGGAGCUCUCUUUUCUUGUUCCCAUCUGCUGUUUUCAUUUACCUUCUGGAGCUUUCUUGCAUUAUUGAGCUCCAUAAACUGAAUAACUACAGUUGAUUUUGGCUAAUUACUCAAGCUUCAUUUUCAAUCGGACAAACCAAAACAUUAAUGAGUGGCAAGUUUCUGUCUAUAUCAGGCAAAGUCACUCUGAUAUGUCGAUUUUAAAGUGCGCGAUAUGAGUCCAGUUUAGUUUAUAUUGUAUUAGAAUUCUCUCUCUACUUCACAGACAGAGUCUGCCUUUGGUGGUUCUUACUUGCUGAACCCGCAACUCCUUGGCACCUCUAGUUAUGGCAGUUGCUCAGUUCACCAAUGCGCCUUGCUGGGGUGUGGCUGGUAAGGAAAGGGAAAGAAGGCCAUUUGUGAAUUUGAGCCGCGAGUUGCCCUUAAAUAGAUCGGAAGUCACUCAAACCGGUGGCCAUUCCUUGGUGAAAAAGAGGAGAGUAUCGAUCUUUGGUGGCGUUUCUAGGCGUUGCCAGUCAAUCAGUGAUCAGCAAGCAUUGGAUUUUGAAUUGCAUACAGAUCCUUAUAAUGAAGAUAUCUCUACGUCAACCGAUGGAAGUGCACUGCAUGAUGAGUCGACACAACAUUCAACAGACUCCCAAAAUCUCCAGACUGAGCUGAUAAUGCUCUCUUUACCUGCAAUUGCUGGACAAGCGAUUGAGCCCUUAGCGCAAUUGAUGGAAACAGCUUACAUCGGUAGACUUGGACCUCUGGAGUUGGCAUCUGCGGGCGUUUCAAUGUCAAUCUUCAACAUCGUGUCUAAGGUCUUUAAUAUUCCUCUCCUAAGUGUUGCAACAUCAUUUGUGGCUGAAGACGUUGCAAGGAGUGCAGGCAACAAUUCUGCUCCAUGUGGUCAGUAUCAAAAUGGAGCAUAUGAAAGAAGGGAGCUGCCUUCAGUAUCUACUGCCUUAUUAUUAGCUCUAGCAAUUGGUGUCUUUGAGGCACUGGCUUUGUACUUCGGCUCAGGAUUGUUUCUCGACAUGAUGGGCAUAUCAUCAGGCUCUUCUAUGCGCAUACCAGCAGAACACUUUCUUAAAUUAAGAGCUUUUGGCGCUCCAGCAGUCGUCAUGUAUUUGGCUGUUCAGGGCAUAUUUCGUGGCUUCAAGGACACAAAAACUCCUAUUCUGUCUCUGGGUUUGGGCAACUUUUCUGCUGUAUUCUUCUUUCCACUGUUGAUGUACUAUUUCCACCUCGGUGUGACUGGUGCUGCCAUUUCUACAGUUUUGUCUCAAUACAUUGUUGCCUUUUUGAUGAUUUGGCAUCUCAACAAGAGGACUGUCUUGUCACUGCCUAAUGCACACAAUUUGCAUUUUGGUGGCUAUCUGAAAUCUGGCGGCUUUCUUCUAGGGAGAACUAUGGCUGCUGUGAUGACCAUAACCUUGAGCACAUCUAUGGCCGCUCGUCAGGGAGCAUUAGCCAUGGCUGCACAUCAGAUAUGCUUGCAAGUCUGGUUAUCUGUUUCUCUCCUUGUCGAUGCGCAAGCGGCAGCAGGCCAGGCUAUGAUUGCAAGUUCAUAUGCAAAAGGUGACUAUAGCACUGUAAAGAAAAUUGCAUUCUUCGCUCUUAAGACAGGACUAAUUACCGGUGUGUCCCUAGCUCUGUUGUUGGGGUUGUCAUUUAAUUCUCUGGCAACUUUGUUCACCAAGGACGCACAAGUACUACAAAUUGUUGGAUCAGGCUUAUUGUUUGUAAGUGCCAGCCAACCGAUCAAUGCUCUGGCUUAUAUUUUUGACGGUCUCCAUUAUGGCGUGUCAGACUUCUCAUACGCAGCUUGGUCUAUGAUGGCCGUGGGUGCGUUAUCUUCUGUGUUUUUGCUUUAUGCUCCAUCCAUUGUUGGUCUUUCGGGAGUCUGGUCUGGAUUAACUCUUUUCAUGGGCUUGCGCACAUUAGCCGGAUAUGCAAGAUUAAGCUCGAAGGAAGGUCCGUGGAAAUUUUUGCAUGGAGAUGCCUAUAAGUUGCAGGUUGCCAUUUGAGAUAAGAAUCAGGAGGGGAGCUUCGUUUUCGUUCCCCUAGUUUCUUUUUGGUUCCAAUGGAGUUGCAUUGCCGUUCACACUAUGCGUAGCUCAUGUAUAAUUUGUAUAUAGUUCUUGUACUCAACUCAUCGUACCGGAUGAGUUCGCCAUUCCUUUUGCAGCAUUUGAAACACGUGUAGUAACAUCAGCCUCAAUAUUCAUAUCUCAAUUCUCUCCCCGAUUUACUAUCAUCA